AGCAGCGGCGGCGUACUCCAGCGCAGAGAGAAGAACCGACCAUGGCGACGAUCGUGAACACCACGGAGGAGGAGCCGAUGCUGGCGGUGGUGCGCUUCACCGCCGAGCUCGCCUGGGCCGACGCGGGCCCCGACGUCGCCGAGCCCGAGGUGGCCCGCCUCUGCGCCGAGGCGCAGCAGCACGUCCUCGCCGCCCGCUGGCUCGACAUGGCCUCCCUCAUGCUCGCCUCCGCCGACCUCCUCCUCCUCUCCCCCCGCGUCCCGGACAAAGAUCUCGAGUGCGUCCUGGCCAUCAUCUGCAACCUCGUCACCAAGGCCGGAUCCGACGAAGAGGCGCUGCAGAUCGCCGAGGCCAUCUGCGCGAAGCUCGUCCAGCAGCCGGGGGAGAAGCCGGCGCUGCGCAUCAAAGUCCUGUUCAGCCUGUACAACCUGCUGCCAAGCACCUACGGCAAGGCCUUCGUCUACAGGAAGGCGUUAGAGGUCGCCGCCGCCGGGAAGGCUGCGGACUGCGUUGUCCCCAGCUUCAAGAACAUCGACGCCUUUGUCGGUGACUGGGGCAUCUGCAAGCUGGAGCAGAGGGACCUGUUCCUCGCCGUCGCCAGGAUUCUCAAAGACCAGAAGGGCAUGAGCAAGGAGUACUUCAACUUUCUGAACAAGUACCUGGCCACGUUUGAUGGAUCAAGUGAUGAUGCCGGCGUGAUUGGUGAGGCGAAGGAAGAAGCUGCUGCAGCAAUCAUUGAGUUUGUGAAGUCAGCUGAUCUCUAUCAGUGUGAUCUGCUCGAUAUGCCAGCUGUUGCACAGCUCGAGAAAGAUGAAAAGUAUCAAUCAGUUUACGAGCUAUUAAAGAUAUUCCUUACUCAGAGGCUCGAUUCCUAUUUAGAGUUUCAGUCUGCUAACUCUACCUUGUUGCAAGGAUACGGACUGGUUCAUGAGGAUUGCAUAACCAAAAUGCGGCUGAUGUCUCUGCUUGACCUGAGCAGCCAUUGCUCUGGCGAAAUCCCUUACUCCGCAAUUACGAAAGCACUUGGGAUCAAUGAUGAUGAAGUGGAAUAUUGGAUUGUGAAAGCAAUUUCAUCCAAGAUUUUGGACUGCAAAGUUGAUCAGCUUAAUCAGUUUGUCAUUGUCAGUCGGCAUACUGAGAGGAUCUUUGGGAUACCACAAUGGAAGAGUCUACGUUCAAAGCUUGGAGUUUGGAGGGGAAAUAUCGCAAAUGCUAUCAGCACUAUCCAAGCUAACAAGGUGGCUGAAGAUGGUGCACAGGGGAUGCAAGGAGUGGCGACCCGCUGAUUGGAGAGGAAUUUGCUAAAUUGAGAUCAUAGCCUCGAGAUUAGAUGCACAAUCAUUUUGUACUAGAUAUCUUGUAAUCCAAUAUACUUCCUACCUGUUACCAUGGUUGCUAGAUUUUGGUUGCAACAGCAUGCCUAAACAAAUUUCAUGUUGCAUGAAUUUUGUAGACAAAACCAUGCUUAAAGUCAGUCAUUAGUUGUUACACAAAGUCCUGAUUGUUCAUACUGGAUGCUUGUUUAUCAUGCUAUUGUUUCUUUCCAA